AUGUAUCAUCAUCAACAUCAUCAAGGUCCUAGCAACCUCCUUUCUUCUAGGGCAACCUUUCCUCCAGAGAGGCAUUUGUUUUUACAAGGUGGAAGUGUUCCUGGAGAGUCAGGACUAGUUCUCUCAACUGAUGCGAAGCCUAGAUUGAAAUGGACUCCUGAGCUCCAUGAACGUUUUAUAGAGGCAGUCAAUCAACUCGGCGGACCAGAUAAGGCUACUCCAAAAACAGUCAUGAGGCUCAUGGGGAUUCCAGGACUAACUUUGUAUCACCUAAAAAGCCAUCUGCAGAAAUAUAGGCUUAGUAAAAGUCUCCAAGCUCAAGCUAAUACUGGAACUACCAAGAAUGUUGUAGGUGGCACACUUGCACCAGAUAGGACAGCUGAAGGUAAUGGAUCACUAAUAAGCAAUACUACUGCUGCAUCCCAGACAAACAAAACCAUGCAGAUAGGUGAAGCACUUCAGAUGCAAAUUGAAGUUCAGAGAAGACUGCACGAACAACUUGAGGUGCAAAGACACUUACAGCUUCGGAUAGAGGCACAGGGAAAGUAUUUACAGUCAGUGCUAGAGAAGGCCCAGGAGACUCUUGGGAAGCAGAAUUUCGGUUCGGCAGGGCUGGAAGCUGCCAAAGUGCAACUCUCUGAACUGGUCUCUAAAGUCUCAAAUGAAUGUCUUAACACCGCAUUUCCAGGUCUGCAAGAAAUUCCUGGCCUUCAUACCGUGCAAGCACAUGCAGCCCAAUUUGCUGAUUGUUCUGUGGAUAGUUGUUUAACCUCAUGCGAAGGAUCCCAAAAGGAACAAGAAAGAUAUAAUGUCUGUAUGGGUACCUAUCUCGGCAAUUCACACCCAUGCCUGCAACAAUUCAAAGCAGAUACUGGGCUUGAACAGGCUCAUCUUGCAUGGCAUGGAGAUUUGAAAGAGCAAAAGACAUUCUCUCUAUCUAUUGUACGAGAUUCAGAAGCAAACUUUUUCCCAGUCCAGAGGGACUCUAGAACCUUAUCAAUGAACAUCAAGGCUGAAAGAGAGAAAGUAGACAACAGCACUGUUUCUGAUGCACGGCGAAAAGAAAGAGAUGGCAAGGAGGCUUUUCUUAAACCAAACAGCAAGAGACCUGCAGUUCUACAAGGGAAGGGAAAGGAGUCAAAUGGGUUUGGCCUGCCAACUUUAACAACUCAACUGGAUCUAAACGCCCAUGAACAGAAUGAUGAUCCUCCAAAUUGCAAAGAGUUUGAUUUAAAUGGCCUCAGUUGGAGCUGAGAUAUGGCAUGAAAGCAGUUCAUGGCACAGAGAGAGAUGAACCCAAGGGAUAAUGAGAGGUUCAUAUUUAUAAACUCUUACAUAUCGCUACUGUAAGCUCCAUCAUAUCAGCCAUUGCAGUUAGCAAAAAUUAAGUGACGGAUAUUGGUAUGCAGUUGAUUCGCUAGAGCUAUUUGCGAGGCAGCAACUUGAGGGUGCAUUAUUAACAAAGUAUGAAAGAGAUUGUUCUAGAGAAUCAGUAUGUUCUUCAAGGUUUGUCAAUUGUAUGAUUGUACCAUUGGAAUGUAUUAAUAAGCAUCUUGGCUGAAUCUUUGACAUAUUGUAGGUUAUUAGAAAAUAAAUAGCGAAUAUGAAUUCAGGGAACUAUU